CCUCCGAGUCUCUGGAGGGCUCUAGUGCGUUCGUCGCCCUGUGCCCCGCCGUCGGGUCUUCCCAGAAGGAAUCCAACUACCACGUCCUGAGGAAAAUGGUAAAGCGCACCGGGUACCUUGUUAACAGUGUGGCCGACGUUUUUCGGGGUGCUCUCCAGAUGGUUGGGAACCACCAACCCUGCUUCCUCCUGUCCCUCCCAGAAUGAGCAACAUCACGAAAGCCUCAGUGGAGCUCACCAUCAAUGGGAUACAGGCCCUCCAGCUUCAACACAGAGGCCUGAGUGGCUACCGGGUCAAGUACAGCACAUCAUUCGUGGAUGAAACUUUGUUUGGCAGGCCUUUGGGGGCUCGGCCAGACCCGCCGGAGUUUGACCCUCCCUGGGCAGAGAAGGCCAAGCCCAGGAAGGCAGUGCCAUUAACCCUUAAUAAAAAGGAAGUAAAAUGGAACCCGGAUUCAUAUCCCUGCAGAGGCAGCAGCAGUAUUCCUCCUCCAUCCACGGACAACAACUGCAUCUCUCCUCCUACACCCGGGAAAAAAAAUAAAUACAGGCUUAUCAGCCACAAGUCAUCCUACUGUGACGAGACCCUCUUCGGCACACAAGAGAAGGGAUCCCCCAGGAAGGUACCAUGGAUAAAGAUGGAAGAGAUUCCAAGACUCGAGCCCCUCUUCUGGACCCCACCAUCAGUGCCCGGGAGUAGUUGCUCACCCCAUCCUAAGGAGACCCCACUGUGGACCAUUCGCUCCAUGGUUUCCUCUGUGCCAAAGAACAGGAGCAAGUCAGACAUUUGGCAUAGGCCCUUGGAGGAGUUGGACUCUGUAGAUCCCCUCCAGAAGGGGAGUUCCCAGUCACUCACCCACCUGAAUGGCUCCCCUACAAGGCACUCCCUCACCACCAAAACCCCACACCAGGGUAGGCAGCGAGAAGCUUGGGUUCAGUCAGCCUUGGUGAUUUUCCAGAGCCCACUGGCAACCCCCACCCCCAGGACUCGUUCUGUCAGCUUCUCAGAACCAGUUAGUCACCGGAAAUAUUUAGCCACCCCCAAGCCAAAGCCACCCUGGAAAUGACUUGUGACUCUUGCCUUGAUGUCAACUCUGGGAGCAUGGAAUGGGAAAGGUGCAUGGGCUUGGUGCCAGGCUUGAAUCUUAUCCCAACCCAGAAGACUUCAUGAGAAUGGGAAAGGCACAUCACCAGGCUCCCCAGUCCUUGACAGCAGCCCUGAUUGAUUCACAUACAUAAAUAUCAGCUCUAAGUACUGUUGGUGUAUAGACCCCAUACCCUGGAGAGACAGUAAUGUUCCUUAUUCUACCCUGUUCCCAUUUCCAUAGUUGGAGGAAGACACCAUGCUACCCAAUAAACUCUACUGUUGCCAA